AUGGAUAGUGUUGAUCUAUCGUCUUUUCGUGAACCAGGAGAUAAUCAAACAAACAAUGAGAUCUAUAAUAAUACUAAUUUACUUAGUAUUCGAGGAAAAAAUAUUGGUGAUUAUGCACGGAAAGCACUUCGUAUUAUUUAUUCACAUGAAGAACUAUUGUCUUCAGUUUUACCUUCUGAAGCUAUGGGUGCUAAAUAUCACAUAUGUGAACAUCGAUACGACGAAUUUUUUACCAAAUUAGUUCGACCGAAAUUAGUUAACUUUUUGUCCGAUGAACGUAAACGAGAACGUAAAAGACAAUCAACUAAAUCUCUCUUGCCAUCAUCACGUGAUCAUAGUUUAUAA